AUAUAGAAUUCCAUGUGGGUAAUGGACAAAUUUAGUGGUUCCUUUGCCACUUGAAUAUGGACCGCAUGCCCCCAAAUUGAUCAAAACCCUGGUUUCCCCUGACCUCAAUGUCCCAAAAGGGGAUUCCAAACUGUGUCUGAUAGCCACAGGGCUCCAUCUCCCCUCAACAGGAUCGGACCUUGCAUGUGCACCAAAACCCUAAUUGCUCUGUUAAGUUUUCUUUUUACUGUAUGACCUAUGCAGUAGUGGAGUAGACUCCCCAUCUUUGAAGGUCUUUAAACAGAGAUUGGAUGGGCAUUUUUCAUGAGUGGCACUUUUACAUGCGGAGAUAGUGUGGUCCAUAUGAAUGGAAAAGAGAGAAAAAACAGGAGGAUAAAGCUUGUGGAAAAGAAAAGACAAGGAAUGACAAAGAAGACACAGGCUCAUGUGGACAAGGUGAAAUAGAUACAAACAGAUAAAGCAAAAUGAUAGAUAUGACAUUAUUUAACUGGAAUGUCCAUGGGUUAAAUGAGGCCCAUAAAUGGAGGCAGACAUUCCACUACUUGGAAAAAUAGAAAACAAGAUGUGCCUACAAAAUACACACAUUAAAAAAGUGAGAGAUUGCCUUUUAAUUUGAAACUGAAGCUAUAUUUCUCAACUUUGAUGAAGAAGAAAAGAAGCAGAUAGUUAUCUAUGUGAAUAAGAGAUAUGUGAACAAAAAGAUUUUCCAGUAUAAUGAUAGAUAAUACUUAGGAGUGGAGAAGUAUAACUACAGGGGGGAAACAAUAACAAAGAACUAUAAGAUCCAGUAUAGGUUGCUUCACUCAUCAUUAUGACUCAGGCAAACAAGACACAGACAAAAAGUGAGUAAGAGUGAACAACGAUAUAUAGGCUUCAGGAAGAAGCACUUCUAUCUAAGACAGCAAUGAGACAAAGGAAAAGAAACUUCUACAACUCAGCAAAUGGAUCAAAGUUCAAAGGUGGGUGCUAUUCAACAGGAGGAAAUACUUGCUAAAUAAGGUGCUGCACAAUUUGGAGGUUUCAAAUGUUUGCUGUAAAAAGGGAAUAUAAAAUGUCAGGUAUGCCAGCUCUUGUGAAAACAGCCAUUUCAAAACAGAAUAUUUCAGUCUAGCCCUCUUCAGUCAUUUCCACGUGCCAUUAUUUAGAGAAUGACUUGCUCUCUAUAUAAAGGGUACUAGGGCAUUCAUUCAUAGACAAAGCCAGGAAGGUAACCUAUGAGGCAAGAUGGCUGGCCGGAUGGGCUUUCACCUGGCUGUGACCUGCUUUGCUGUCAUGUCUAUGGAGAGAGGAAGCUUUGGAGAAGAGACAGAAGCUAGCUGCUGUGCACAGCUGAAGGGCUUAUCGCAGUGUGGAAUGGACAAGAUCUUUCUCCAAGGCCAGGCAGGCAUCCCAGGAAUUCCUGGCAUUCCAGGAACAAACGGGUUGCCCGGAAUGAAAGGAGACCUCGGACUCCAGGGCUCCCCAGGUGACAGAGGCCAUGAUGGGGCACCUGGGAAAGCUGGACCCAGGGGAGAGAAAGGAGACCACGGAGAGGCAUGCAGUCUUGCUAGAUGUCAGCACCAAGAGGCAAGAGCCAAAGACUGCAAAGAGCUUCUGGGGCGUGGAGAGAUGCUGAGUGGUUGGUAUACAAUCUACCCUGCCACAGGGAAAGCAAUGGUCGUCUUCUGUGACAUGGAGACUGACGGAGGAGGCUGGCUGGUUUUCCAGAGGCGACAGGAUGGAUUAGUGGAUUUCUACCGUGACUGGCAGUCCUACAAAAAUGGGUUUGGAAACCAAGACUCUGAAUUCUGGCUGGGCAAUGAUAAAAUCCAUCUACUCACAAACUCAGGAACACAGCAGUUGCGGAUUGAUUUGAAGGACAUGAGUGACACUACGACUUAUGCAACGUACACUAAUUUCAAAAUCUCAAGUGAGGAAGAAAAUUACACACUGUUUGUGGGCUCUUAUAUAGGUGGCAACAUGGGUGAUUCAUUUUCAGGGCACAAUGGCUUUGCAUUCUCCACACGAGACAGGGACAAUGAUGGCCAUGAAUCAGGAAGCUGUGCUGUGCUGUAUAAGGGAGGCUGGUGGUAUAGCCAAUGCCACACAUCCAACCUGAAUGGCCUGUACCUCAGAGGGGAACACACUUCUUAUGCCAAUGGCAUCAACUGGGUUGCUGGAAAGGGGCACCAUUAUUCUUACAAAUAUGCAGAAAUGAAAAUUCGACCUCAGUAAAUGAAAUCUCUUUCUCUUCA